GAGGGGAACAAAGAUGGCUAUGGCUCUAUCCGCCAUUUUCUAAAGUGAGAUAGACUAAAGUGUUUUUCGUGAAAAUAGCAUGUUUUCCGCGGAAAAUUCCGCGAUUUUCGGCGAUUUCGAGUAGAUUUGGUCCGCGUCGUGCCCGUUCGCCCCCCACAAGCAUGGCUCGCAUUGAAAAAGCGUGAUUUUCGGCCGAUUGAAUAUUGGCGUCUCUGUGGAAACACCGCUCGAGAGAGUAAAGUUGCCAUACACAUCGCACGGUGGAGCCACUUCACCACCCAGCCAUUCGAUGAUGUUCGAUCCCAACGCCAUAACGACCCAACAGUCGCAAAUCCAGUACCAACAGCAACAACCAACCGACAAAGACAAAAACCAGGAUGGCACCCAAAAGGAUACCUUUCCGUCUUUCUGUUACGCUAACGUGAACAUGAUACAUAAAAUAACACCCAACACCACCCAGACCCAUAACUCCACCGUCAACAUGUCGCAGUUGUCCGACGACAAGUGCUACAUAACCCAACCCUUCAGCUACAAUUAUGCGCUUGUCAACCAGAUGUCUUUAACCCAGAAUACCAUUUCCAACAUCACGUUCAAGUGUGACGUGUGUGGGCUGAUGUUUGCCCAUCUGUCACUCUUGAACCACCACAAGCGGAUGCAUCAAGGGCAGGGGGACCAGAAUCAGCAGCAGCAGCAGCAGAUCACUGUGCAGGUUCAGCAGCAGCAACAGCCUACUCAGAUCCAGAUCGUCUCCGCCGACAGGAUACGAUUUCCGUGUGAGGAGUGCGGUCUGACUUUCAAUACUCAGAGCGACCUGAAGUCGCACAAGAUCCAAUCGCAUCAGCCUCAACAGCAGCAGCAGCAGCAGCAACAGCAGGUCACCACGCAGACGCAACCGCCGCAGCAGAAUACUCUGAAAAUCAAAAACUGUGAAUCGUGUGGCGCCCCCUUGCCGCAGGAUAAUAAUAAGAAAAGGGCCGUUAUGAAGGUGAAGUGCGAAAACUGUCUCUCAGCUGAGGCCAUCCAGCCUCAGAUUUUCGUCGUGGCGACCGCUUCCGAUGCCGCGUCUGUCAAGUUCGAGGAGUCGACUGGAACGCAGACGUCGAAUAAUUUAGGUGUUUCAGGUACUCAAAAUUCAAUACCAAUAGGAGUGAAAAAUAAUCACCCAGUCAAAAGACGCGGUGUUGCCAGCGUCACCAAAUGUACAAAGUGCAAUGGCAGCGGUAUUAUUUUCAUAGGCGGCUCGAAAAAUCAACAAAAUAAUGUCGACAAACCGUUUCAUUGUAAUAUUUGCAACGGUUCAUUUAGUCGUUAUUCUUCCUUAUGGUCACAUAAGCGUCUCCACACCGGUGAGAAGAACUUCAAAUGCAAUAUUUGCGGCUUAGCCUUCGCCAAGGCCGCCUAUCUCAAAAACCACUCUCGAAUCCACACCGGGGAAAAACCGUACCGUUGCAACGUGUGCGGCAUGCAGUUCUCCCAAUCGCCGCAUCUCAAAAACCACGAGCGCAUCCACUCGGGCGAGCGGCCGUACGUGUGCGAGGUGUGCGAGAAGUCGUUCGCUCGACAUUCGACCUUAUGGAACCAUCGGCGGAUCCAUACAGGGGAAAAACCGUACAGGUGUGACAUAUGUGGCUCGUGCUUCAACCAAGCAACACAUCUUAAGAAUCACGCAAAAGUGCAUUCGGGCGAAAAGCCGUUCAAGUGUGAUAUUUGUUCCGUCGGAUUUUCGGAUAGAUUUGCGUUGAAGAGACAUAGGAACAUCCACGAAAAGUAUGGCAGGACCAAACCGAAUCCUCCCCCGGCUUCCACCACCGACGAUACUCAGACUAACAACACAGUUACGGAUUCGGUGAACAACCCCACGGCGGUGACGACCGUGGCGACUGCCACACAAGAUGGGAACGAACACGAAGAGCUCCUAGAGGCGAAGUACGAAGAGAAGUUCGUUCCAACGGACGAAAUCACCGAAGAAAUGACGGAUAUCUCCGAACUCCAAGUCCAGUUGUCUUAAAUGUUUUUUAGAGGUCGUUUAUGAAGAGUAUUAUUUUUAUUUUGGAUUUGUAAAUACUUCCUUUAGUAUUGAUAGGACAAUAUUUUUUCUAUUAUGCGACUUUUUUAUUUAGUACUAAUUUUUAUGCAUUCUUUUUAUAUGACAAGAGCUUUUAUCAUACGAUCGUCAAACUAUAGAAUGCUUCAGCUAGGGUUAGAAUAUGAGAAAAUGUAAAGUAUCAUGUUUGCCAUAGAGAUCCAAUCUUUGUUGUUGAUUUUUUUGACUGCGCUUUGCCCUCCAUUCAUUUUUAUUUGUUAGUGUUAUUUUAAUUUUACAGUAAUGAAUAAAUGCUCAAAAUAUGAGGA